AUGUGGGCAACGAUCAGUAUUUUCGUGAUGGUGAUUUUUUACGUAGCAGCAUUCGAGUUUUCUAUGUCUCCAGAAAUGCCCCAGUACAUAAAGAAAGCGUUGCAUCAGAAAAGCCGAUAUAAAAUACCUCCGAAGCAGAAGGUCUUGACUUUGAAAAAUCUGACAAUUUCAGAUGUUUUGGAUAGGAUCAAGGCAAUGACGCAAUCACUAAACCAGCAUGCCAGAAAAAACGGAUAUAAGGUUGAUUACAAAUUUAGAAUAUUAAGU